AUGGAUGUCAGUCUCCAAUCCGUCGAGAACUUCUACGCGAUAGGCGAUUUUCCAAGCAGACAACAGGAACGGGCUAUCCUCAACGUUCUCAAGGCCACACUUCAGUUCCCGACCACUCCGGAAUGGAAAGCCACAAACCUAGCCGAUGUCCUCGGGUCAGUCUGGGACAUAUUCAUUGGUGUUGUCCGCUGUAUCCCGCCAGACCAUCCUUGGCAGGACAGUCUUCUUCAGACCCUGGACAUCAUCCGCCAUUGGGAGGGUCCAUUUAGUUGGGAUGAGGAUGGAGAUGAGGACCUGACCGAACAAGCCAUCCAGUGGAAGAACCUGAACUCGUUCAUGGCUCGGCUCACGCGUCGCAGCUUCAACUCGGGGAUCAUGUAUGGCCUCUGGGAGAUCAGACGGGCGCUCGAGGAACCGCUAGAGAAAGGGCCCGACAUGGAAUGCUGGCUGUGGGUGGCAAGCGAGUGGAUGAUCCAGUGCGCAGACGUCUCGGCCGGCUGGAUGGCCCCGGAGGAGGAGGUUGGCGAGGACAUGCUCCGGAUUCACAAGGGGGGCUCGCUGUGCAAGGACAUAGACCCGCUGGGCAUCGAGAGGUGGGAGUUUUGGAAGGAACGGUUUGCUUCAUUUGCUGCAGAUGCUGAAAACCUGCAGCUUGAUGAUGCCAUCCUGGGGCGGAUCGCAGAGGCUUUGGAGACCAUGCGUGUGGUCGAAGAGUCGGGCGAAGCCGUCGACGAUGACCGCAUGGUAUCAGAUUUUACGGAGAGCGGGGAGCCGAGGGAAAAGAGCGGAGAGUUAAGAGAGGAGAGCUGGGUGCACGUGAGCGCAGAGCAGGAGAGCCGGGAGCAGGAUGGUAGAGGGCAGGAGAGCGACCAGGCGGAGAGCCAGGGCCAGGAGGAGAGCCAGGGCCAGGAAAACCGGGGACAGGAGAGCCGUCACCAGGAUGACGGAGAGCAGGAGAGCCUGGAGGGAGAAUCAAAUAAGCUGCCGCUCUUCGAGGCUAUUGCCGGCCAUGAACCAGAGUCUACAGCCGUCGUACACUCAUUAUCCGGGAGGAGAUUCAAGUACGGGGAACUGUUGGGGGAUGUCGCGCGGACGAGAGACCAGCUCUUGUCCGCGACGGGCAAGACGAGCCUCAACGGCGAGCGCAUCGCCUUCUUGGUAGAGAACAGUUACGAUUACGUCGUGACACUACUCGCCGCCUUCGCCGCUCGAUCCCUUGCCGUUCCCCUCUCGCCAGCCUUCCCCGCCGCCGAGUUACAGUACAUAAUCAACCAAAGCCAGGCAGCGAUUGUCGUCAAUUCAGCCAAAUUCGCCGGCAGAGCUCGCGACGUGCUUGCGACUGGCUUGGAAUACCAACCGGCGCAGUUGGAAAUCCGAAAACACCUCGGCGGCGGCCCCCAUGAGAAGAUCGAGCUGGAAGAUGUCGAUUUCGGAGGUGCGGGCAUGAUGCUCUAUACGUCGGGAACGACGAACCGACCGAAAGGCGUCCUAUUACCCCAAUCUGUCUUGACAGCGCAGGCCCGCUCGCUCAUCGAAGCCUGGGAAUACUCCUCGCGAGACCACCUCCUCCAUGUCCUCCCGCUCCACCACAUCCACGGCACCGUCAACGCCCUCCUGACACCCCUCUUCGCCGGCAGCGCCAUAGAGUUCCUCUUCCCCUUCAAUCCGUCUGUCGUAUGGUCCCGACUCGCCGCACCUCUCGUCGCAUCCCCUCAGCCGAACAAUAAGAACAACAACAACGACAGCAACGACAGCAAUACCACCCCACCGAAAGAGAAAAUCACCUUCUUCACCGUCGUCCCAACCGUCUACUCCCGCCUCCUCAGCUCACACAAGGACCUCCCCCCCGACCUAUCCGAAGCAGCCCGCGACGCCGUCUCCCCCACCCACAUGCGCCUCGCCAUCUCCGGCUCCGCCGCCCUCCCCACCCCCAUCAAAGACGCCUGGCGCCGCCUCUCCCGCGGCACCGUCCUCCUCGAACGCUACGGCAUGACCGAGGUAGGCAUGGCCCUCUCCUGCGGCCUCCGCGUCGCCGACCGCGUCGACGCCUCCGUCGGCUGGCCCCUCCCGGGCGUCCAAGCCCGCCUCGCCGACCUCGACACGGGCGCCAUCCUCCCCGAGGGUCCCGAGGGCCGCGACCGCCCCGGCGAGAUCCAGCUCCGCGGGCCCACCAUCUUCAAAGAGUACUGGCGCAACCCGGCCGCCACGGCCAAGGAAUUCGUCCCAGACGACGAGAGCCCCACCAACAGAAACGGCACCGGAAACGAAAGCCAGAACACCCAACGCGACGCCGGCCGCUGGUUCCGCACCGGCGACGUCGCGGUCCGUCGAGCCGUCUCGGGCGCAGGCGCAGGCGCAGGCCAGCCGGGAGGGGAGGGAGGCGCCCAGCCCUGGGCGAAGGGGGACAUGUACUUCAUCCUCGGCCGGAAGAGCGCCGACAUCAUCAAGACGGGCGGGGAGAAGGUCAGCGCGCUCGAAGUCGAGCGGGAGCUGCUCUCCCUCGACGAGGUAUCCGAGGCGGCCGUCGUCGCCGUGCCCUCGGGGAAAUGGGGCCAGAAGGUCGGCGCCGUGGUCAUCUUGAACCGCGACGUCGUGCCCGAGGGCGCGCGGUGGUCGCCCAUGGACAUGCGGAGGGCGUUGCGGCACCGGUUGGCGAAUUACAAGAUCCCGCAGGUCCUGAGGGUCGUCGACCAUAUCCCGCGGAAUGCCAUGGGGAAGAUUAACAAGAAGGAGCUGGUCAAGGAGGUGUUUGCCGAUCAUUUUAGCGAGGACGAGCUGUGA